GACUCAAAGGCCAUAAAAUAAAUUAAAAAAAAAAAUACGUUUACGUCUAAAAAGAAUUUUUCUCUGUUUGAUUUGUUUUGAUUUGAAAAUUUGAAAUUGGAUGCCGGAUUGAAAUUGGGUUGAAAUUAGACAAAAUACUUUUAAACCUUUUAAAUAACAUUCUAUUUCAUAGAAAAUAUUUUCAUUAAAAGUGACCUAAUUUUACUGUGUUUAUCGCAUUAAAAUUUUUAAUGUAUGUAUGUUUUAGUUUUACUUCUGUUGUGUUACUGUUCAACAUUUAAAGUUUUUGUUGUUAUUGUUAAUUUUGUAGUGUAAUUUUCAAGAUAAAAUUUUACAUUUGCUAAUGUGUCAUGAGUACCGAAAAUAAGGAUUCAAACAGUAAAGUUAUAUGCCCAGUAUGUAACAGAGAAUAUGAGAAAGAGAUAAUCGAAAAACAUGUAGACAAGUGUAUAUUUUUAAAUAGUUUUAAGGGCGAUAACUUGUUUAAAAGAAAUAGUUCACAACUUGAAGAACACGGUUCCCAAAACAAAAGGAUCAAGAUUGAUGUUAGUCCAGUUAGUAGUACAUCAUUGGAAAAGAGUGGAUUCCCUCAAAGCAAACCCAAGGCUAUUUACAAAGAAUCUUCAAAAUCAAUGACUCGUGAAGACUGUAAAGAAUCUUCCCACAAUAAAGAUUGUAAAAAUGUUCCCCUGGCUGAGUCAAUGAGACCAGUAUUUCUAGAAGACAUUGUCGGACAGGUGGAAUCUUUUGGUGCUGGCUCCAUGUUGUACUCUAUGCUUUCAAAGAAAAAAGUACCAAAUAUGAUACUUUGGGGCCCUCCUGGAUGUGGAAAGACAUCUGUGGCCAACAUUAUUGCCAACAUUUGUAAAGAACAGCCCAACAUGAGGUUUGUGAAACUGUCCGCCACAAUGUGUGGUGUGAAUGAUGUCAAGGAAGUAGUGAAAGUUGCUAACAAUGAAAUGAAGUUUAAAAGACAUACUGUUUUAUUCAUGGAUGAAAUACAUAGGUUCAAUAAAUUACAACAAGACAGUUUUUUGCUUCAUGUCGAAAAUGGCACGAUAACUCUGGUGGGCGCAACUACUGAGAACCCUUCGUUUAGCUUAAACAAUGCUCUUCUGAGUCGCUGCAGAGUUGUGGUGCUGAGCAAACUGUCGGUGCACGAAGUGAUGAUGAUAUUAGAGAGAGCUGUUGUCAGGAAAGAGCUAGCUGUGGUGGUUGACAGCAUAAGUGAUAAGCCUGACUCUGAGCAUGAACAAAAGUGCACGAUAGAGCGACAGUCGCUGCAGUGGCUGGCGGAGGUGUGCGACGGGGACGCGCGCGUGGCGCUCGGCGCGCUGGAGCUGGCGCUGGGCGCGGCGCCCGACCGACGCCCGCGGCUCAUCCCACUGGAGGAGCUGAAGAACGGGAUCAAGCGGUCGCACAUGCUGUACGACAAACAAGGCGAGGAGCACUACAAUGUGGUGUCGGCCAUCCACAAGUCGAUACGCGCCAGCGACGACAACGCCGCGCUGUACUGGACCACGCGCGCGCUGCACGGGGGAGAGGACCCCAUGUUCGUGGCGAGGAGGCUCGUCAGAGCGGCCGCGGAGGAUAUCGGGCUGGGUGACCCGAGCGCGCUGGUGGAGGCGGUGGCGUGCAUGCAGGGCUGCCAGCUCAUCGGCAUGCCGGAGUGCGACGUGCUGCUGGCGCAGUGCGCCGUGCGCCUGGCGCGCGCCGACAAGAGCACGGAGGUGUACCGCGCCAUGCGCAGCGCGCAGCGGACGCUGGCGGAGAGCCGUGGCCCGCUGCCGCCCGUGCCGCUGCAUCUGCGCAACGCGCCAACUGGUCUUAUGAAGGAUUUGGGGUACGGCAAAGGUUACAACACCAAACAUCGAGAAGCGUCAGGUCUCACGUACAUGCCAGAGGGACUGGAGCAUGUGACAUUUUUGGACGACACCAACAACUAGUGUUCCAGAAAUGUACCAUCAUACCUACUAGUAUAUCAGGAAAGUUGGAGAUUCGCCUUCUUAUUUUCCUGUACCUCCUGUUGUGAUUUUAUCGUAAAUGUUUUAAUUGUAAGUAUAUUUUAACCAGAUUAAAUUCUGGAAUCCAAAUGUUUCGUUUUUCUGUGCCAUGUAUAGAUUUUAGUACCUUUUAAACAUCCGCCUUGUUAAAAUGUGAUAAAAAACUUGUAAAGAGCAUAGCUUAAGAGAAAAAGAAAAAAAAUCAGUGAACCUAUCUUCUGUUAAGUUGUAAGUUUAAAGUUUCUAAAUAAAAAUAUAAAAGCUCUA